UUCAUCCAAAUUCCAAAAGCACUAAUCUGAGAUCAUCGACAAAUCGUAAAGAUCCAAAUCUGAGGGGAAGGAUUUUUUUUUUUAUUUUUUGAUAUUUCAUCCUCUAAAAUAGGAUGCAGAUCCAUUUUGCAGAUCUAAUGGGGAUGUUCUAAAACCUACUAAGAUCCAAGAAAUAUUUAUGACUGGGCCAUCAAUGGCCGCUAGGGUCGGACCAAAGCAGCCUCAAAGCCUGGUCAAGGCAUACCCAGUCAAUAAAAUCAACGCCCAAGACUAUAUACCUCUCUAGUCGACUCCCUCUCCUCUGCUCACCCCCUCCUCUCCUUGACUAGACUAAUACGCGCAGCAGACUGCGAUUCCCCACAACUAUGGCAGAUCACCGCCACCACCACCACCACCACCAACAACAUCGCCCCAAUCGAAUCUCCGUUCCUCCGCGUGCCACCAAUCCGACCACCCUUUCCAGACAAUACCCUCUCUAUCCUUACCCUUCCUCCACCCCAACACCUACCCCGUCCAAAAACCGGUUCACGGCCCUCCCUUCAUUCGCCGCCUCCAAAUCUUCCAAAUCCUCUCUAUCAUUUCUCUUCCUCCUUCUCUUCUCUCUCCGUUCCCUCUAUUCCCUCCUCCCUUUCCUCCGCUCCGCCCCCUCUUUCUCCCUAUUCCCGUUUUCGUUCCUUGUUUCCCUCCUCUCGUUCUUCCUCUCCCUCUUCUUCUCUGGCUUCCUAUUCUCGUCUCCAAACACUCGCUUCCUCUCCCACAAACAGAAUCAGCCGAGUUUGGGUCUUUCCUCUAUAACCCAAUCCCAGCACCGGCUGCUCAUAUCCAAAUCCCUCCUGGUUGCUGUUGUUUUCCUUCUCCGGUUCCAAGCCCUCCGUUACUGUGGAACUGCGGCCAUGAUCCUCGCCGAAUUUUCCGGAAAUGCCGCCGCGCGGUUCCUUACAGAUGGCCGGAGUGGAAGUGAUCGGAAUUCAAAAAAUAGAUUUGGUAAGCUUGGUGGAUUUCUCGCUUUGUUUGCUGGGUUGUUUUUGUUGUCUAUAAGUUGGGAUCGGAUAAAUUGUUUCCCUUUCUCGAGCUCGGUUGUUGAUAGAUGGGGGUUUUCAGUGUUUCCUAGGGAAGAAUGUGUUAGAGUUUGGCCAAUGCUGCUUCCGUUUCUAUCAGGAUUCUUGGGUUGCUAUGAGCGUACUUCAGUGAAUUGGGGCACAAUUAGGCAACUGGGUGGGAAGCGGGUGAGAUUGAUCACUCUGUUCUAUACGACAGUUUUGCUCUUUAUACCAGCUGUUUUGAGUGUGUUCAUUUUUGAAGAUGAUGGAGAUGUAGUUUCCAUAUGGAAUUUAGGCUGGCCAUUAGCUAACACAGUUGUGUUUGGGGUGCUAAUGACUGAAAAUUUCAGUGAUGAUAAGUUGGCAAGCUCCAAAGAUUUUCGGAGAGAAUUUUUUGUUACAUUUAUUUGUACAAUAGUUUUGGAGUUAAUUUACUUUCCCGAACUUUCACUUUGGGGGCUAUUGCUGUGUGGUUUAUUGCUGUGCUAUGCAGUUAGGGAAUUGGAUCCAAUGUAUCUGAAUUAUGUCGAAUUGGGCAUGGAAUCUUCAGAGUCAUUUGCUACCUCGAUAAUGAAGCCCAUACGCCACAUUUUGAGCGAAAGGAAGUCUCGCAAGAUCGCGCUUUUCCUAUUGAUUAACACUGGUUACAUGAUUGUGGAAUUUGCGGCUGGAUUCAUGAGUAACAGUCUUGGAUUAAUAUCAGAUGCAUGUCACAUGUUGUUUGAUUGUGCUGCUUUGGCAAUAGGGUUAUAUGCUUCAUAUAUAUCUCGUUUGCCUGCAAACAAUCAGUUUAAUUAUGGUAGGGGAAGGUUUGAGGUUUUGUCAGGAUAUGCUAAUGCUGUUUUCCUGGUUCUCGUGGGGGUUCUGAUUGUGCUGGAGUCACUUGAGAGGAUUUUGGAUCCUCAAGAGGUAUCAACUAAUAGUUUGUUAACUGUUUCGAUUGGAGGCCUUUUUGUGAAUGUGGUGGGUUUGAUCUUCUUUCAUGAGGAACAUCAUCAUGCACAUGGUGGGUCAUGCUCGCAUUCACAUUCACAUUCACAUUCACAUUCAGAUUCGUGCGCAAGCUCCCACCCCCAUCAUCAUCCUCAGCAUUCACAUGAUGAGGGAAGAAGUAUUGAGCAUCAUGAAUGUAUCAAUGUUUCCCCUGAAUGCCAUGAGAAGUCGUGUUCUGGCCAUGAUCACCACCAUGGACAGCAUCAACAUGUUAGUAAGAGAGAUACCAAGUGUCAGAGUCACCAUGACCAUGACCAUGACCAUGGUCACCAUCAUCACGGUCACCAUCGUCACGCUGACCACAGCGAGCAGGUUCAACAUCGACAUGAGCUACAUGAUCAUUCCUGCGAUCAUGUCCAACAUGAAAACCAUAAUCAUGCCAACCAUAGUGUCGAUGGUUCUUCACAAAGUUCCAAAGGCCUCUCCCUUACAUUUCAUGAAAUGGGAAAUUCCUUUGGUGAAGGGGAAGAUUCUCAGACCAAUGGUCAUCAUGGAAAUUCUAAAUGUUGUUCUUCCUUGGAAAAUAGUGGUUUCCAACAGAAAAGGCUGCCAUCUGAUAGAAAGAAAUUGCAAAAACAUGAACAUCAUCACAUUGACCACAACAUGGAAGGGAUCUUCUUGCAUGUUCUGGCGGAUACCAUGGGAAGCGUUGGAGUUGUUAUUUCAACCCUACUAAUUAAGUACAAGGGAUGGGUUGUUGCUGAUCCUGCCUGUUCAAUAUUUAUAUCUGUUUUGAUUGUAUCUUCAGUCAUUCCAUUGCUCAGGAACUCCGCAGAAAUUUUGCUUCAGAGAGUUCCUAGGGCUCAUGAGCAGGAUUUGAAAGAAGCACUAAAUGAGGUUAUGGAGAUAAAGGGGGUAUGUGGCAUUCAGAAUGUUCAUGUAUGGAGUUUCACAAACACAGACGUUGUGGGGACUGUACAUCUUCAUGUUUUAGAAGAUACUGACAAAUCCUCUGUGAAGACACAGGUGUCACACAUAUUACAUGAUGCUGGAAUCAAGGAUUUGACUCUGCAGGUUGAAUGUGUGAAGCAAUAACCAAACUCAGUUUGGCUUGGAUUCUAUCUUUUGGAAGAAGUACCCACGGGAAGAUGCUCUGGAAGUUCGAACAAUGUUUCUUGGUUUUCUUAACCACUGGUAGAGCACUCGUAUUUGCUGAUGGAUACUAGUUUUUGGAUUGGAUCAGCUAACCAAGAUAUACAAAGAUCUUUUUUAUCUGGUCAUGCACACUCGUGCUGACAUGUACAGGAUCAAGUGGAGGAUAUUGAUUUACUUGGUAUGUGACUUCUUUUCUCUUAUUCUCUACUAGAUUUUGAACUUUAAUACAUUUAUUUAUGCCCAAGGAUCAGCUGAAUGUAUCUUUUCCAUCAUGUUAUUGUAGUGAUGACCUAUAUGUUGUCUUUUAUUGAUCUGGAGACCACAUUAUGGCUUAUGUCAAGAGUUGUGACA